UUUUCUCUUCAUAGUCAAGGUUCAAAGGCACCUUGGUUAAUGUUCCUCUGGACAUGCUCAUACAAAACCCUUCUUUGGCUCAAAGCUGUAAACAUUCAUAGUCAAGGUUCAGUUCUGCCUCUUCGGAACAGCGCAGGCCAUGUAACUGAUAUGGGUUCACUUGAGCAGGACAAACUAUGACAUAUUUGCCUAGCAAGAACCCACGGAAAUUACUCAAAUUUUGUUGAAGAUUUUAUCCCUGCAAUAGACGCAUCCAAAGAAGAUUAAAAAACGGGUGGGCUAAUUCUCAUCUAUGUAUAAACAAAUAUUCCAAAGUCAAAGACUCUACCGAGUCGAUCUCCUCCCUGCUGUGAUCGGAAACAGAAAUUCCCCGCCCCAUUCUAGCGCACUGCAAGAUCUUAACUUUUUCUGGCUCCUCGGGGGAUUGAGCACGCCGGAGCGAUACAGCCGUUCAUCUGAAUCGAGUUCGCAGCCGCUGCUCGUCGCAUCCUGCCUCCUGGGUUCUGGAUCGAGCUCCGCACCUCGCGAAAUGGCGUCCAGUUCGAGCUCUCCUCCUGUGCUGGGUGCAGACGCGAACGAUCCCGCUACGAGAGCCGCGACCCUGCUCGAGGACCUGCCUCAGGAGAUCAUUGACAAGAUCCUCGUCCGGUUGCCGUCCAAGGACAUUGGCCGCUUCCGCGCCGUCUGCACGUCGUGGGGCAGUGCUACCUCCACUCCUCAGUUCAUGCUCGAACACCACCGCCGCCAGCCAUCGCUCCCCAUCAUCAACGGGAAUGGGCGGCCGGCAAGUCUAGUCGUCCUCCGUGACACUAGUGCUCGAGCCUCCAAUCAACACCUCUGGCCUUUCCGUCCGGGCUUCAAACACCGCUCCGAGUAUCGCCUCCUAGGCUCUUGCGAUGGCUUCCUCGUCGUAUGCCGAAGAUCCCAAUUUCGAUCCCGAUUCUACGCCUUCAACCCGGUCAUCCACAAGCAUGCUCUACUAGCACAGCCUCAAGUUGGGCAAUCCUUCUACAAUACCAUGAUCGGUUUCUACCGGGACCAUCCAACCGGAGAAUACAGGGUACUGUGGGUCUCACGGUCACAUCACUCGUGGUCACAUCAUUUGUGUAAACCCGGCUUAUACAUCCUCACGGUAGGAUCAGACAGGCCAAGGUACGUCGGAUUCAGAACAACAAAAGACUUGCCGCCUUCGGAGCAUAUCAUGUUUCUGCAAAGGCUGUGUUGUUCGUCCUAUUAUUCGCCACCGGUCCACCACCGUGGUAGCCUGCACUGGUGUUCUUAUGGCACAUCAGACAUAAUUGUGUUUGACACACAAGCUGAGUCAUUCCGGUGGAUGCAGAGUCCCACCGAGUUGUGGCCUAGUAAGUUGUUCGACAUGAAAGGGAUGUUGGCUCUCUGGGCCGGCUCGGCUCGCUAUUACAAUGGUUUCACCAUCAUGGAUGUCUGGGUGAUGCGGGAUUACGAGGCUGAAAUCUGGGCUUUCAUGUACCGAAUUGACCUGUCAACGGUGGAAGCAUCUAGACAACUUUAUUCUACUUCAUUCUAUAAGAAAAAUAAAAGGAAAUUUAAAAAGAAAAAGCUACUUGAUUCACCAGUUCGAUUGUUCGAAGAUAUGGCUGUGCUCAACAACCGUGAGUUGUUGAUCAUGUAUGAUGAAAACAAGGUCUUGCGCUGCAACAUUGAUGGCAAGUUCUUAGGAAUUGUGAACCUUGGAAAAGGACAAUAUUAUAUGUGGCUUACUCAGCACCGCCUCCAAGAGAGCAUUGUUCCAAUUCCUUAUCAUGAGACGCAAGAGGAAGAUGAGGAGUCUGUGUUCUCCACGGGGUGUGUCUGAAUGUUCAGGGCUCCUGGUUUGCUUUGCCUUUGGUUUGGGAGCAUGUCUUUUGCUCUUAGGUCUUCUUACUUACUACUACUACCAUUGGAACAUUUUAUUUUGGAUGGUUGCGAUGUCAUUAUUUGGUGCAUGCAUAUUAUCAUGUCUUAAACAGCUUGUUAAUGUUCUAAGCUAUGGAGUACUUAUCUAGGACAUAGAACUUCAUUUUCAUCCCUGUAUCCCAAAAUUUACCUUGUUUUUUGUAUGCACUAGUGACAUCGCUAAGAUAAGAAAUUCACUCUUGGUCGCGCUCUCUUUUGUUUUUGCGAAUUAACUCUUGGCCGCCCUCUUUGAGCGAGCGCAUUU